AUGGAUGAAGAGAGGCAAGAGGCGCCUGCCAGAGCGGCACAGCCUCCCGUAUGGAUCGCCCCGCGACUCGUCUCGCGACCCAAGCCGCCAGUGCAGCAGGAGGAGGAGAUGGGCAACGAGAUCAAGCUGGGUGACGACUUUGAGGAUGUGCAUGCCCUGUCCGUGUCCGAGGCGCGUGCCGUCGUCACUGCCGUUCACGAAGCCAGGAAGAAGAAGGACCCCGAAAACAAUCCGUUGCGCGAUAGAAUCUACAAUGACAAUAUAAUCAUCACGCAAUUCCUCGACUACCUCGACAACUUCUCGCGAUAUAAGCAGGAGGAGAGCUUGCACUCCAUCGCCGCGCUCUUCGACACCCACCCCGAGCUCACAACUGUCGAAAAGGCACUACUAGGAACACUUACCCCCGAUUCAGCCGAGGAGGCGACAACCCUCAUCCCGUCUCUGGCUGAGAAGAUGGACACUGACACGCUCCAGUCCAUCCUGGACGAGUUGACCAAGAUGCAGGACCGACUUCGAUAG